AGAAAACACCGAGCCUUUGAUUCUUAAACCUUAACGCCAUGUGUAUGUAAACAUCGUGCUGGACUUUUGUAUGUUUCUUCUCCCUUGAUCCCCUGCAACAUGUAUGGUACGGCGACACGCCUCCCUCCAUCUGUUAAAACUCUCUGCCCACGUGCCCAUUCACGUGUUCUCUUUGUAAAUCAUCGUCGAAUCCUCUCCGUUUCCGUCUCCAAAAACCUUUCUUUGCCCAUAAAAUCUCCUGCUUUCCCCUGGAAAACUCAUUGCGUGGUUAAAGGAGAGAGAUUUAGAGUUUCAAAAGAAGGGUCUUUACAGGAGCUGGAUGAUGACGCCCCUGUGUCGGUUGAGCUUGCUCCUAUCAGUAGCGAGACCCAGUUCGAUCGGGUCAUAGCUGAGGCUCAACAGCUUGAAGAAUCUGUUAUUAUUGUCUGGAUGGCAACAUGGUGCAGAAAAUGUAUAUACCUCAAACCAAAAUUAGAAAAGUUGGCAGCUGAUUACUAUCCACGACUGCGGUUCUACUAUGUAGAUGUCAACACUGUUCCACACAGGCUUGUCGCUCACGCUGGAGUCACGAAAAUGCCAACUGUUCAGCUAUGGAAGGAUGGCAAGAAACAGGAUGAAGUCAUUGGUGGCCAUAAAGCAUACUUAGUUAUUAAUGAAGUUCGCCAAAUGAUUGAAAACCAGAGUACCAUAUAAUUAAUGGUAUGAAUGACUUUUUUGUUUUUUUAAAUUACCUUGUCUGUUUUUCGGCUUCGUUUUGCCGAAAUCUUUCUUUUGUAGUUAUUUUCCCAGAUGAAGAAUCAGGGAAGCUUCUGGCACAACUGAACUUGGCACUUGUUUCUGCCAAAUUCUCAAUGUACAAUUCCUCAUUACACUAUGUAAUAAACAAAGGAAAGUGAAAAUUUAUUCAGAAUAAAUAUUUUUUCAAGAGUUAGAACCAAA